UCCUUCAUUCCAACAUACAUAUUCGAAAUGAAUAGACGCGUGAGCUUGCUCUUUAUCCUUUUCCUUUAUUCAUUUAGUGACGCACGAGAUGUGAAUUUAAUUAGACAGAAAAGAAUUGUCGGUGGUAUGCCGGCCUUGCAGCCUCCCGAAGACGAUCCAGUGGUUUUUGUGAAUAAAAAUGGUCGGCAAGCGCGCAUUAUCGGUAGCCGCGAUCUGAAUAAAGGAUUCUAUACCUUUCGUGGAAUUAGAUUUGGACAGCCUCCAACGGGACAAAAUAGAUUCCAGCGAGCUACGCCUGUGCAACUUGAAGGAGAAUACAAUGCUACUACUUGGGGACCGCCUUGUCCUCAACCGAAUCAUUAUGGAAGCAAUAAAAUCGUGGGAAAUGAGGACUGUCUCUUUCUGAACGUUUUCACGCCCUCGCUUCCGGAUUCUAGCGACGGGUAUCCUGUGUUGAUAUGGAUUCAUGGCGGCGGUUUUCGACAAGGGUCAGCGUGCCAAUAUGAAAUGAGAAACCUAAUUAAGAAGAAGAUGAUCGUUGUGUCCAUACAAUAUAGACUGGGGUCAUUAGGAUUUUUGAGCACAGGUACGAAGGAAUUGCCGGGCAAUAACGGCAUGUUCGACAUGAUACUGGCCGUCGACUGGGUGAGGGAUUACAUACACUUCUUUGGCGGAAAUCCAGAUAAAAUAGUAGCCUUUGGUCACGGCACCGGUGCUAGUUCCGCUAUGAUGCUGUCACUAUCGAAAUUUUGCAAAAUCUCCGGAUUGUCCAAUCUGCUUGGAGCCGGUCCUGUUUUAGAAGGUGCAGACGACGAGAGAUCGCUUCCUAACUUCAUGAUUGAAUCGCCGGAAGAUACUUUGAGACUCAACAAUUUUCCAACUAUACCUCUGCUGACGGGAGUUAUGAAAGAUGAGACCGGAGGUGCUAUUUCCGGUGGAUACAAGGACGAAGUGCUAAACAAAUUGAACACGAUUCCAAAUUAUUUGACUAAAGAUUUCGUGCCGCGCUUGCAAGACACUAUCCCAAACAUACAACAAGGAUCACGAUUAGUUCCGCAGGCUUUCAGUGGCUAUUUUAAUAUCUUAGGUGACGGCUCUCAAAAUACGAUUGGAAAAGUCGCAGAGGCUCUUGGCGACUCGCUUUAUAACGUCCCGGCAUUCUUGACCGUCGAUCACUGGUCGAAAAAGGCAAACGCCUUUUUGUACACUUUUGAUCAUAAGGGAAAGAGAAGUUACGGGAAAAACUUUCUCGCUGGGUUACCGAUUGUCGACGCUAAGCAAUCAUCGGAUGGUAACUUGAAUCAUGGAGACGACUUAGGAUUCGUCUUCGGCCAAAAUACUAUAACUGGCGAGAAAAUGGACGAGGAUGAUGAAUCAGAUGAAGCAGAUGAACAUGUAACUGAGAUUUUUACAGAUAUGAUAGCAAACUUUGCGAGAAGCGGCACGCUUAAUAUACCUACUAUGUCAAGUAAAAGUAUUUUGUCGCCAGACAUAAUUCCGUCAUACUCGAACAAAACUAAUUCUUUCGUCAGUAUUACAACAACUCCGAAAAGCAUGAGCAAUUUUCGGUACUGCGAAAUGGGCUUAUGGACCGUUGUGCCUAACCGACUACAAUCGCCUGCGUGUAGUCUAUACAAAGUGCCUCUGCAAUUAAUAGAACAAGGUACUAAGGGAACAAUAUCAGUAAUUCAGCAGCCGCUCAACACAUUCGGCGGAUUUGUUGUCAAUCCCAAAUCUGACGUUAACAACACGGGAAAAUCGACAAAUCGAAAUAACGACGGAUCGAACAAGGAUACGGUGCAAAAAAAAACACAGAACGGGCUACUUUCAAAGGUGCCUGUACCGUCAAUACCAUUCAUGGGCUAAACAACUUCGCAUCCACUUUUUAUUUUUUAAUAAUAUACUAUUAUUGCAAAAAUAAAUAAAUAAAUAUAUAAAUAUAUAUAUAUAUAAAUUUAUCUAAUAACAAUUUUUAAGAACAGGACAGUCUAUGAAAUAUCACUGAAUAGUUUAAGUGUCUCUAGGUUAUCAUCUGAUUCUUCUUCUUCUUGCUGAAUUGCCUCUUCUGCUAUCUUUUUUUGCAUUUUUUCAGCAAUUGGAGAACUUCCUAAUAUUUUAUCUGUUUCGUCUGCAAGUGGCGAAUCUUCAAGUAACUCGCAUUGUUCCGUAUCAUCUAUAGUAACACAUGCAACUGAUUCACAUUCCAUUCCGGUUUCGGUAUUAACAUUUGUAAGUUCAUUGUCUACUUGAUCUCUUUUUUGUAAUAAAUUUCUUGUAUUUUCAUGUGAAUUCUGAUCUGCUUGAUGUUCAUUAAAAUUCUUCUCGUUAUCGGCUA